AUGGAUCCCGGAACUGCAAUGGCAGUUCUUGCCACCGUCGACUUGGUCAUCAACCGCGCAGAAGAAGAUCUGAGCGAACUUGUUGUUCGCCUCGAAAAUCGGUGGUUCAAAGUUAAGAUUCAGGUUGCAUUCCUGAAAGAAUGGAGAAAAGAGAUGCCUCCGGAUCUUCUUGUCAUCGAGGCAAAGACAGUGAAAAUCCUCGAGCAGAAAUUGGAGAAGGCCGAAUGGAUUGUGAAGGGUCUGUUUCCCAAAGCGGAGCCCAAGCCUACAGAAGCAGAGGCUCAAGCUGCUGUGCCCAAUCCUAGUGAGCUUCCUGCACUUAAUACGCACUCUAGCUUGCUCUCGGUGGUCACAGCUGCCUUCAACCAUAUGGGCCCAAAGCCAAAGAAGCGUCUGCAAAAGAGGAGCAAAGCCAAGUACGCCUUCUACGAACAAUCCUUAAAUCGCCUGGUCGAGAGCAUCAAAGAUUGGCAGGGCGAGUUUGACCCAACGUGGUACCAUAUUCUAAGCCUCUGA